AUGGGUGUUGCGAUACAAUAUGUGGAUAAGAAUGGAUGUCUCAAUGAACGUCUUCUUGGUAUUGUGCAUGUUAGUGAUACGGUUGCAACCACACUUGAGAAGGCACUUGAUUCUUUCUUCAACAGCAACAAUAAAAAACAUACAAGUAUUGGGUCUUUUUUUAAUUCUGUCACCCGUUUGUGUAAUAUUGUUGGAAGUUCAUGUAAGCGCAAAGAUGUGCUACGAGAGAGUCAAAGAGCGAAGGUUGUUGAAGGGAUUGCAAGUGAUGAAAUUAAUACCGGAAGAGGAUUAAAUCAAGAGAAGUCAUUGACACGACUCGGAGAUACUCGUUGGAGUUCGCAUUAUGGUACUCUCAUCAACUUGAUGCAUUUAUUUUCUUCUAUUAAUGAUGUUCUUGAGUAUGUUGGGGAGAAUGGUUAUGAGGAUGCACAUACGACUGAAGCUUUGGAUGUGCAAGAAAUUCUAAAUCAUUUUGAGUUUAUCUUUGUGUUGCAUCUUAUGAGGAAACUCUUGGGAAUUACACAUGAUCUCUCUCAAGUUCUACAAAAGAAGGAUCAAGACAUUGUUAAUGCUAUGAAUCUUGUCAAAGUAGCAAAAACACGUUUACAAGUAAUGAGGGAAAAAGGUUGGGAGGUUUUGCUUACUGAAGUUACAAAGUUUUGUAGAACAAAUAAGAUUGAUGUGCUUGAUAUGGAAGAUGAGUGUGUAGUUAGAGGAAGAGGAAGGCGUAAAAUUGAGAAAAUAAAAAAUCUCCACCAUUAUCGAGUUGAGUUGUUUUGUUCAGUCAUUGAUAUGCAAGCUCAAGAGUUGAAUCACCGUUUUAAUGAAGUCAACACAGAUUUACUUCUGUGUAUGACAUGUUUUUAUUCUAGAGACUCAUUUUCUGCAUUUGAUUCAGAGAAGCUGCUUCGCCUUGCCAAGUAUUAUCCAUCUGAAUUUUCUGAAGUUACUUUGUAUGAGCUUGAAAGUCAGUUUGAUAACUUUAUUUUUGAUGUGCGCACAGAUAAAAAGUUUUCAAAAGUAUCGGGAAUUGCAGGUCUUGCUCAGAAUAUGGUUUCUACAAGGAAACAUGAGAAUUUUCCGUUGGUUUAUUUGUUAAUUAAAUUGUCAUUGCUCUUAACCGUUGCCACUGCUUCAGUAGAAAGAGCUUUUUCAGCAAUGAAGCUAGUUAAGACUUCUCUACGGAAUCGUAUGAGAGACCAGCCAUUGAAUGAUUGCUUAGUUCCUUAUAUUGAGAAGGAUGCGUUUGUUAAUGUAACUAAUGAAGCUAUUAUGCAGCGGUUUCAAAAGAUGAAAAGUAGAAGAGGAGUGUUAUAA